AUCUCUCUUGCCACAGCAAAGAGGCAUGGCCUCGUUGAGGGCAUCGGGAUCUUCGUUGUGGUCGGUGAGAAGCAAGGCGAUGGGCUAUGGGCGAGGCGGGAAGGAGGCCGAGGAGGAGGAGGAGACCGGCCCGUUGUCGGUCGAGGCCGUAGUCUCGACCUCGACGUCGCGGAGAUGGCGACAGAGCGCUCCGCCGUUGGACUAUGGGCAUGGUGCGGGCCAUGUCGACAACGCGUACCACUACUUGUGGGCCAAGCAUCCACAGACCUAUACCUCGGCCUCGGUCCGCAUCCCGGACACGCUGGUCAUUCGCAACGGCCGACUCGACCGUUACUACUUUACCUCGAAGAAGACCGGCUCGAUCAUGCGCAAGCGGGCAGCCAAGACCACAACUGACGAGGUAUACAGCGAGCUGAUCAAGGUCGACCGCUCGGCGGUGGUCUUUGACAUUGUGGCGUACUCGAUCACGACCGAGGAGAACUCGGACGGCGAGCCGUUCACCUGCGCCGAGUUCCACGACAAGGCCUCGCUCCGGACGCUGCUGUACGACUCGUUGCCACGCAACGGCAUAGUGCAAAGGUUUGUGGCGCCGCGCGGGGCGUACAACUCGACGCUGCGUGUGGCAUGGGCGCCGGACAUGCUCGACAUCGAGCGCCGCGACUCGGUGCACAAGCUCUCCGAGCUCCGCAUCACCCGCAACGCCCGCGGAGCGACCCACGAAGGCGAACUGCACGACUCGCUGCCCGUGGUCCUCAACAACCGCAAUCUGAACAAGCGCCUCAAGGCCAUGGCCGAGCACCUGGCCGCCCACAUCACCGCUGCCUCGCCGCAAUCGUACGUCGUCCGCGGCAUGGUGUUCAACGUCAAGCAGGACGCCGCAGACCGCCUCUGGUUCACCUACUUCUCGUCACUCGACGUCGAGUCCAAGGUCGGCAAGAUCGGCAUGCCUUCAGACAUCCGUACUGUCGCCCUCUCGCUCCGCGCCACAGACACGCGCUCCGGCUCGGAUGCGCUUGCCCGUCGCCGCUCGCGUCUGCAGGGCCUCACCGCCGCCACCACCCGCCGCAAGUCGUCCAAGCGCUCAAACUACAUCCCAUGCCCGGCCUGCCUGCAUCCUGUCGAAAAGAACCGGUUGUAUCCGGUCACCUACCGCGCAGUCAUGACCCACCACCGCCGUACCUCGGCCUCGCCUGGCCGCUCGGCCUCGUCGAGCCUCGCCCCGGGCAUUCCCCGCAUCAUUCUCGCGCUCGAGCCAAAGCUCACGCCACUCGACUAUCGCAUGCUCCGCCGCGAUCCCGCGUUUCUCGCCCGUGAAGCUGGCGUCUGCGAGCCGUGCUGCCUUGACAUCACCGAGGUUGAGCUGCAAGCCCUGGGCAAGGCGCCGCACGCCUUUGCGGCCUCGCUCGACUCGCCGAUCCGGGUCAUGCCCUCGCGCUACGGCGCAACGCUCUCCACCAACCCACGGUUGGCGACGCCGUCACGCUCGCCCUCGCGCUCGCCCUCGCGCUCGCCCUCGCACCACCCGCCCCGUUCACACUCCUCUCUCGGCUCGGCCUCGCCACCGCCGCCGGUCCUCACCACCCACCGGGUCCGCGCCCAUCACCUCACACUUGACGAUCUGCUCCUUGAGCCCCCACCAGACGCCAAGCCUCCGCCGGAAGUCGCCCAGCUUCAUGCUGGCUCGCCGCCUCCGACCUCGCUCUCGCCGACCUCACCCAUCUCUCCUUCAACGUUUUCUGAUCCCGACGGCGACUCGAUGGGCAACGAAUCGCUCUCCCUCGUCGCCCUCCACCACGAGCCGCAGCUGCCCGAGUCGCUUGACAUCGCGGCCGAGCUCUCUGCCAGCCGCGAACUGGGCGGAGAAGGCGCUAGCGAUGAUGACGACGAUAUGGCUGCCGGCGUUGUCGCGCUCCGAGCGCGGGCCAGCGUCUCGCAGUCGUCGCCGACGUCGUCGCCGCCAGGGCUUGCGCCGCCGCUCGCCCCGCUCCGCCCGCUGCACGCCCCCUCGUCGCGGACGACAGCCACCGACGUGCUUGUCGCCGCCGGUCUGUCGCCUGCCGAACGAUACGCUGUCAUGCAGCGGCGGCAGCAGCGCAAGCUCGCGGCUGGCUCGCCCAGCCCAUCCCGGGCGCAGCGGCUGGCGCCGAUGGCGCCGUGACGGCGGCGCUCGCGCGGCCUUUUUCCAAGCAUGAUUCAAUGGGCUACAGCAGCAUCGACAGCGGGUUCUCGACGUACUUCUUGAAGACCUGCAGCCAGCGGGCGCCGACAGCACCGUCGACGACGCGGUGGUCGCACGAGAGAGUCACGGUCAUGACGUUCGACUCCUUGAAGCCGGCCUCGGACGAGGUGUCGGGCACAACGCGCUUGGAGCCCGAGCCGACAGCAAGAAUGCACGACUGCGGCGGGUUGAUGAUGGCAGUAAAGUGCGAGACGCCGUAGGCACCGAGGUUGGAGAUGGUAAAGGUGCCGCCCUG